CGCAUCUGGGAGAAUCUGACCGCCUGAGAUUUCUGGGGGUUCCAGGAACAUGGAGGGCGGGAUGGAGGAGAUGACGGACUGAUGGUGUUGAGGCCCCGACCGGAGGAGAAAUCGCUGGUCUCGGUUGAUCUCCGGCUCCGGAGGAGGGAAUGGGCCUGCUGGGAACAGGACUUCUAAAAAAACAAGUAUGUCUGGAAGGCUGUGGUGCAAGGCCAUUUUUGCUGGCUACAAGCGAGGCCUCCGGAACCAAAGAGAGCACACGGCUCUUCUUAAAAUUGAAGGUGUUUAUGCCCGAGAUGAAACUGAGUUCUACUUAGGCAAGAGGUGUGCUUAUGUGUACAAAGCAAAAAACAAUACAGUGACUCCUGGAGGCAAACCAAACAAAACCAGAGUGAUCUGGGGAAAAGUAACUCGGGCCCAUGGAAACAGUGGCAUGGUUCGUGCCAAAUUCCGAAGCAACCUUCCUGCAAAAGCCAUUGGACACAGAAUCCGUGUGAUGCUGUACCCAUCCCGGAUUUAAACUAAUGGAGAGUAAAUAAAUAAAAGUAGAUUUGUGCUCUUGUAUUUUUUUCA